ACUGAUGACACGAUUCAAUCGGACAUAUUCAUUAAGUCCAAUCUUCCUUUCCCUGAUAUGAUGUGCGCGUUUUUCGUGUUACAAUGCGACUAGAAAGGUAUGUCUCGACGUCACUCGAAUUCUCACCCAACAGGAUAUAAUAAACCAUUGGCACCUUGGGGCUAAUCGUCUCCAGAUACAAUGUCUACCACACCUAAAUUCAGGAUCGCUAUCUGUGGAGGAGGGGUCGGCGGUUUAACAUUAGCCGUGGCUUUGUCCCGAUACCCAGAUAUCGUCGUCGACGUGUACGAAGCCGCUCAGAGCUUCUAUGAAGUUGGUGCUGGUUUCGGUAUCUGGCCCAGGGCAUUCAAGGUCUUGCGAAAUUUUGGACCUGACUUCGAGCGGCAACUGCUUCAGCGCUGCGGUUCAGAAUAUACCGAAAAAUAUGUCCCAGCUAUUAAGUUCCGUAAAAGUGAUCAACCCGUCGGCAUUGACCUGUUUUACCUGAUGACGAAAGGCAAUCAAUUGCGUAUUCAUCGAGCUGACUUCCAUGGCAUACUUCUCUCACAUCUCCCACCGUCAUGCACAACGCACAACGCCAAGCGACUAAAAUCAUACACUCAGCCCUUCAAUGGUCGUUCAAGAAAUUCACCAAUCACAUUAACAUUCGGGGAUGGAUCGACUGCGACAUGCGAUGUUUUGAUUGGUGCUGACGGGAUCAGAUCCGCAGUCAGGUCCUGCAUGAUGCGCGAAUUGGCCGAGGGCAUGCAUCCCAAUGAAAAGCAGUCUGUGCUCUCUUGCAUUAACCCAGUCUGGAGUGGCGCCACUGCAUACCGAACCCUAAUUUCUGCGGAGAAGCUACGCACACGUUGUCCUAACCACAGUGUCUUUCGGGGAGGGAUUACCCAAUAUAUGGGAAAAGAUGCUGUGAGACUCUCUUUAAAUCAUGAUAUACAUUGUGCCGAGGCUGAUGCAUUGCAGUUCUUCCUUGUAUACACAAUUUCUCGUGGCAAAUACAUCAAUUUUGCAGGUUUCACGCUUCAACCCGAUCUUGUUGACACGGCGUAUGAAGCUGAUGCAAGAAUUCCUCGUCGGUCCUUCCAAGGGAAGGCUAAUCAUGAGUGGGUCGGGGAACUCACGGCUGAACAGUUUGUCGAGCCUUUCAAAGACUUUGAAGAGGACGCGAAGGUCCUUCUCGAGUGCGUAGACAGAGGCACGCUUUGGGCCGUGCACACCGUGAAAACAUUACCAUCCACCAACUUCGGGCGAGUCGCGCUCUUGGGAGACGCUGCCCAUGGAAUGCUACCGUUCCAAGGAGCUGGCGCUGGCCUGAGUAUCGAGGAUGCUUACCUCCUCGCGACUGUUCUUGGACACAAAUCCACGACCUUGGCCAUGGUUCCCAGGGCCCUCGCCAUAUACGAUAAGCUGAGACGGCCAUUCUCAUCGGACGUGGCUAUGCGCUCAAGGCUUUGUGGUCAACUAUACACGUUUCAAAAGGCCGUCCCUUUGCACGAGUUCGGCAAUACGAUCACCAAGAAUAGUGAGUGGGCAUGGCUAACGGAACUAGACGAUGCUUUGGAGGAAGCUAUCAAGCUUGUGGAGGACAGCUCAAUCAACAUCCGCUGA